AUGGCUAGAUUUUUGUUGUUGUUGUUGUUGCUGCUGUUGUUGUUGUUGUUGUUGUUGUUGUUGUUUAUCGUAAUACUCGAUCCGCAGAGAACAAUAGAUUGCUAUCAAACGAAUAGACUGGAAACGUAUGACUUCUUUCAAGUUAAAUCUUCAUCAUCCGCAUGGAAGAUUGGCUAUGAAUGUUGUACUAGCACAAGAAUCUUCUGCAUUCGGACAGACGGCAUUCGAACCAGGCUAAUGCGCUACAACAGUAACGCGAGACAUAGCGCUCCUACCGCCUCAGCUAACGAACUCUUGCUAUUGUUGCAGUAA